AUGUCACCUCUUCUCUCCAACAAGGGAUUCUUUUCGAAAACUCCAGCGCUCCAGAAACACAAGUACGAAGCAUGUGUGAACAGUGAUACCGAAUCGAACGGCAUGACCGAAGAAACACUAUUAUGGAAUCCGGAUCAAUUCAAGUCGAAGGGCAUUUCUUUUGCCACAUGGAUUCUCAUAACUGCAAAUGUUCUUCUCUUCGCUUUCUCUGGAACCGCACUAUUGCACGCUUACCAGCGUGAUGAGAAAACACAUAUGAACGCAGACCUGAGGAAGAUCUCUGCUUAUUCUCCUCUCUUGGACGCCAUGGAGUUCCCAAUGACAAGAAAAAUGAGCUUCGCUCAAUACGGCGAUGGCGGUCCAACCAUCUGGCGAGCCCCACCGAGCCCAGAGGUCGACGAAGCCUGGGACGAAAUGGUCAUCGAAGAUCUCUGGCCAGUCACACUAAAAGACAUCGAGAAGAUGUGGAAAGACCAUACAGUCAUAGCCAAGCUACCAGCCGAGUACGGUGAUGAUGCCUAUGUGGCUAAGGCUGCCGUAUUCCAUAACAUCCACUGCCUCAACAGUCUCCGCAAAGCCAUCCACAAGGACUACUACUUCCCAGACGGUGAUCCCGACGCUUUGUACCAGCUCCAUACCUCCCACUGCAUUCAAGUCCUUCUGGAGAAUCUGAUGUGUAGACCAAAUCCGUCUGUGUAUAUGUACCGAUGGAUGGAGGAGUUUGACGUUCCAGUUCCUGAUACGAAUAUUUGGAAUCAGUGUUGGGAUUUUGAGUCUGUCAUGGAGCAGUAUAGGAUGCUGUCCCUGUCGAAUAUUACUGAGUUUGAUAUUGUGAAGCCGGCGAAUGGGCCGUUUGCUCCUUCACCAGAGGUUGUCGUUGAGACUCUUGAAAAGGCGAACGAGACAUUCGGUGAGGCUUAA